CUGCCCUGCCACUUUGAAAGGCCGAUUCAGAUGCUCCCUUAUUUAACCAGCCUUGGCCAGCCCUUGCCUCUGGAAAGGGAGCAGCUGUUUGUCUCUGCCAGGCGUCCCAUUGGCCAGGGAGUGAGGGUGGAGGGCCGAGAGGCUGGAGGGCCCGGGCAGCAGGCACUUGCGAGUGCUGGCCAUCCAGUACCCCACCGCUUCCCUUCCCUACUGCCCACAUCAUGCUGGGAGACCACUGCAGUCUCCCUGAAGACCAAGCCCUGCCCAGCCAGUCCCCCAAAACCGGACUCUGCUACAAAAUGGUGCUUCAGGCCAUCAGCAAAGUGCUCAGGAAGUCUAAAGCCAAGCCCAAUGGCAAGAAGCCUGCUGCGGAGGAGAGGAAGGCCUACCUGGAGCCCGAGCACACCAAGGCCAGGAUCACCGACUUCCAGUUCAAGGAGCUGGUGGUGCUGCCCCGCGAGAUUGACCUUAACGAGUGGCUGGCCAGCAACAGUGCGCGUGGGCCUGGGGCCACAACAUUUUUCCACCACAUCAACCUGCAGUAUAGCACCAUCUCCGAGUUCUGCACAGGAGAGACGUGUCAGACGAUGGCCGUGUGCAACACACAGUACUACUGGUAUGAUGAGCGGGGGAAGAAGGUCAAGUGCACGGCCCCUCAGUACGUCGAUUUCGUCAUGAGCUCCGUGCAGAAGCUGGUGACGGACGAGGACGUGUUCCCCACAAAAUACGGCAGAGAAUUCCCCAGCUCUUUUGAGUCCCUGGUGAGGAAGAUCUGCAGACACCUUUUCCACGUGUUGGCACAUAUCUACUGGGCCCACUUCAAGGAGACGCUGGCCCUGGAGCUGCACGGACACUUGAACACGCUGUAUGUCCACUUCAUCCUCUUCGCCCGGGAGUUCAACCUGCUGGACCCCAAAGAGACCGCUGUCAUGGACGACCUCACCGAGGUGCUGUGCAGUGGGGCUGGUGGGGUCCACAGUGGGGGCAGCGGGGACGGGGCCGGCAGCGGGGGCCCAGGAGCACAGAACCACGUGAAGGAGAGAUGAGCCCCGCGGGCUGGACAGGGGCGCACGUGUGCAAAGAGACGGUGGUGUGUGUGCUCUCCGUGCACCUGCGCGUGCACACAUGCUGGGCACGCGUGCGGCGAGUCUGAGAGGGCCCUGGCUGCACUGGCGUGGGCUGCACAAACACAGAUGGCCCGGCCAUGUCCUGCGGCCCCUGUCGGAUGGAUGCGUGCCGUUUGUAGAGAAGAGCCUUUGGGCCCAUUUGCUCGUUCCGCAGACAUGUGGGACUGAUGCUCUGAGUUUCUUCUGUGGGGUUUUCCUUUCUCUGGUCUCCGUGCAGCCCCUGCCCUCCCCGGGGUGCUGGUGGCCUCAAAGGAGGAACUCUUGGGGGGGGCGCCUCCCCCAGGAGGGCGUGAUUUGCAGACUUGGGUCUCUGCUCUGCUUUGGGGGUGGGGCUUGCUUUCACAGAGACCCCUCCUCCCUGCUCGCCCCUUCCUUUCCCGGCCUUGCCAGGGACGUGGCUGUUGGCAGCUCAGAGGUGGGCGAGGCCUGGGGUGCGGGGUGCCCUGCACCUGCUCCUGCUCCUGUUGCCCCUUCCUGCUGCCUCCUCUGUGCCCAAGGAGCACCCAUGGUGCAGUCCUCAGGCAGGGCCAGGACGGGGCUGAGGCCCUGCGUGGAGAUGCUGCACUAGCAGAAGGCCGAGACCCGCUUACCUUAGUUCAUCUGUUCACUCUUAAUAAAAAGAAUUCUCUCAGGUCA